UAAAUGCAAAGAGAAAUCAAUACCCUGAUCGAUAAGCUCGAAAUGAUGUGUGUAAAGUUAGGAGGUCCUAAAGAUCCAGACAAUCCUGAUGAUCCUCUUGGUAUAAAAACUGGAAAUGAAUUUGAUUAUUUGAGGCAAAUCGUCCAGGAGAACUUCAAGUUAAUAGCUGAAGAGCUAGCUGAGAGACACGAAAAGAUCCAAAUCCAUGGUUAUAACUCAAACGAGAGAAUCCUUGCAGAUGAAGAGAUCAAGACUUACAUCGAGGACACUCAAGAUCAGUUAAAAUAAGCUAAAAACGUGUGUGGAUAAGAACAAGAACAGAUUGUCUCCGAAGGAAAUCACUGAGAGAUGAAAAGUAAUCAGUCUGCUUAGGAAGCAACUUAAUAUUAUGAAUAACCAGUUUAAAGAAUCUGGGAGAACCCAGAUGGGACUUAACAAAAAUGAUGAAGAAAUUAAAGCAAUGCAUUCCCUUAACGGAGAACUCUCAGAGGAAGCUUCAGAUAGAGACCUUAACGAUAUGGAAAAGGAGGCCCUCAACCAGAUGAAGAAUAAUGACAAAGAACUCGAGGACAUUGCCCUUCAGAUAGCACAUUCUUUAGACGAGCUUGGAGAAAAACAGAAGAAAACUAGCCGAGCCAUUGCUGAACAGCAUGAACUUCUAGUGAAGGCUAAUAAGGAUGCUGAGAAGACAGAACUUGAGUUAACAAGACAGAAUAAUGAGCUCUCAAGGCUCCUGAACAAAUUCAGGGGUGGGAAACAAGUCUGGCUAGACUUGUUUCUCAUAUUUAUCUUCCUUGGAUUCCUCACUCUUCUCUGGAAUAGGCUCAAAGCAAGAGGAUAUGUCUAAUUCAAUAAAAUGGGAAAGAAUUGG